AGAGAGAUAUCCAUGGGACUAAGCCCACUGAAAUGGGCGAAGUAUUGUCCAGGAAGGCAAAAUACCUCCUGGACGUGGGGAUAUACCCUGGGGACCCGGAUCCUUGGGGGCUCAUCGACCCAGAGCGGUUCCUGGUUUACUGUGUGUCAGAAAGUGAAUAUGUUAUAAUGGAUAACGAGGCCAGAACUGACCCUGAACUCACCAUUCCAACUUCAUUACUGAUGACUCCAGAAUUCGAACUGGGGGGGUGGUAUGCGCAACGCAUCAGAGAACUAAGGGGUAUGACCUCAGAAGAGGUCCGAAAGUGGAGGAAGCUGCAAUGCGAUAGCUUACAACGCAUGGGGACCCCUUUUGUGGAUCGGGUCGUCCAGCUCCUGAGUAGACACAGAGCGUUCCUCAAGGAUCCACCUGAUUAUGCGAGGCCAGGUCGCUUCGAGUGUGAUCGCUUGGUUGAUGGGUCAUACAAGAUCAGAGACCUCGUAUUGGCCUAUCAAGUUAGCGUACCUGCUUCACUGGUGGAGAACCCCAAAUUCGAGUUAGCUAGAUGGUAUGAGAAGCGACUAGCGCAAACCUACGAUGUGUUAUAUGAUGAGCUGUCGGCCACCGCACAGGAAUUUGAUGUGUUCCGGCUCCUGGAUCGUGGGGAGCUGUCAGAGGAAGAUUGUCAGCUCGAAGAUAUCGUCAGAAGGGUAUACACACCUGCGCCCAACGCACAAUUUCUCUAUAAUGAGUCUCACCUGUUUGUAAUUGAACUGAACGGUCAGCAAAUACCAGCAGGAACUUACCCAGCUCUUCAAUGA